AUUGGUUGGGUUAUAAGUAACAUAUUAAACAUCAAGUUAGAUGCUUGCCUUUUGUAUGAAUUUGUUGCUAUCAGUAUUGUCAUGAUGGAGUCGUGCCUGACGUUAUUCAGUUUACACAGGAAAUACAAGCCAGCUUGACGAUAAAACGAAACAUUUCAUUGGUCCAAGACUGAAAGCUUUUUCUGAUUGGCUCCUCAAAUCUAUGGUAUCUGGUAAUCUGGAAGCCAUAUUUCCAGCACCUACUCGUGAAUAUGCACCAUUUGUUGAGGAUUUGUGGAAGGAUCCUGCUAUUCAAGCCACAUACGACCGGAGGAAUGAAAUACAAACGCUGCCCAGACCAGCUGCAUAUUUUCUUUAUCGGGCUGUUGAGAUUUCAAGGACAGAUUAUGAACCCUCAGACAUGGACAUCUUGUAUGCUGAGGGAAUCACCUCAUCCAAUAGCCUUACGAGCAUGGAAUUUUCCAUUCCCCAAUCAGCAGGAAAUAGCAAUCUGGACCCUCCUUACCAGCAUGACCCUUCGUUAAGAUACCAACUAAUUAGAGUGCAUCAGAGCAGCCUUGGAGGAAACUGCAAGUUGGUCGAGAUGUUUGAAGAUGUUAAUAUGGUCGCAUUUGGUGUUUCAUUGACAGACUACGAUGAGUUUUCUACAGAUGUUAAUGGGGUUUCCAUAAACAAGAGGAUGGCAAUUAAGUGUUGAUUGAUUAAGGUCUGAACUGUCAUUUCAUUAUUUGUAGCAAGCUGUUCGUUUGGGUAAUUAGAGUUCUUAGUGAUCAAGGGUUGAGAUUAGAUCAAUUUGUAGUAGGCUCAAAUGUGAGCAAGUGUCAAGAUCUCAUAGGGUCUUGUAAUGAAUGGUUGGAUGAGCUCAUAGGCUCUCCUAGAUUCUCUCACUCUCUAACGAUUAUGUAAAUGCUGAUGUGAUGAAAUGAG